AAUUUAAUCUGCACGGUCGUGCUGAGCGCACGAAUUCAUUAACAUCGCAGGCCCGCUCGCACUCCACGCAUAAUUCGGACCGAGGACUGCCUCCUGCGAAAACAGCUCCUGCAUCGGUCAAAUCUGCAUUAAUUCGUAACACGGAUCUCGCGAAGCGAAAGACGCCUGUCCUGCCGGAAUUAAAUUCGCGUGCUGAUUUCAUAACGGCUGAUCCAAAUUCGAUUAUAAUGAGUUUCAAUCGGGACGCACGCUUGCCGAUACUAAGUAGAGAGGACCAGACGAGAACGUCGUGCAAACUUGAUAAACGUGAGUCUCUUUUUGUUAUCUUCCCUCUUGUCUGCUUCGUCCUCUUCCUUCCUUUUUCCAUUGUUGCGAUUGCAAAUGCGGGAAUCGUCAUUCGCACUCCAGACGAGCAGAGCAACGUGGAUCGCGAAGUGGAACACGUGAAGUCGGCUUGGCGAGCGUUGCGGGAAGGAAGGGAUCGGAGGAAGGAGAGAGCUCGCAUCGGCAACGCUUCCACGACAAGGUGGUCCAAGAUAGUCGACAGAAUGACGCGUGACGUGGACAGAGUUCAGAAGCGCUGCCUGGAUCCCUGGGCGAGUCGUUGCUUGCGCAAAAGCGCGAGCGACGUCUUCAGAGCGGGGAUGAGCAAGUCGAGCCUGGAGGAGGAUAGUGAAGUCGCGAGAAGCACGAUCUUUCCCAAGGGGAAAGCUAGCUUCCAGUCGGCAAGUUUGAAUCGCUCGAGGAACUUCGACGUUGAUCCGAUCGAUUGGGACACGAUGCGACUCCACGAAGCUACGAAGGAUAUCACGACGGAUGAACGCUCGAACGAGGAUUCGCUCUCGUCGCAACGCACCACGAAGAUGCGACCUGAUGCAUGUACUAACGCGCGUAACAUCGACGUCAGAUCGGUUCACACGAUCGUAAGUAGCCGUAGUGAGAGGCGAGAUGCAACGAGAGCAGCGCUCAGAGACGUCGGUGCGACGAGAGCGAGCGUCAGGGCUUCCGUCGACGAGUACCUGCGGAACUGCGUCGGCGAGUUACGCCGCAAGCUGCCCGAUAUCGAGGAAGACAAGGCGGAAGAGCGUCCGCGAGACGUGGAACCGUCGGCGAACGACAUCGCGGACAUGCUCGCGAGCCUCAAUAUCGGAUCGCGCGGGCUCCACGACGACUUCUUCCUUGAGAAACGUGACGAUGCCGGCGUCGACACGGAGGAAAGCGCGAGAGAGGACCGUUGGAACGCCGCGCAAACAACGUUCGCCGAUACUAUACGACAGGAUCGGAUAGUAAAUGACGAUAAGUCAGUUGAAGACAGUUCGUCCGAGCUCGUCGACGCGAGAUCCGCUUUGAAACAAUCAAGCGCAACAAGUUGCGAGGGUGACGCUUUUAUUAAAAUAGGAUUGAACGUUCUGAACAAAAGUGUACCCGGGGAUAAACUGUCGCAAAUGUUGCAGUCGGAAUACUUGAGAAAGGACCUGCUCUUAUAAUUCACGUAAUAACAUCAGCCGC